GUUGCUUUAUAAGUGAUUUUUGUUUAGAGGCGACUCAGCAGAGAGAUAAUCAGGACAAUUACCAAGACACUCUUCCGUUUUCCUUUGCUCGAGGAGGAGGAAUUAGAGUUGAAUGGUUCCGAUCUACAACUCAGCAAAUCAGACAGUGAAAUAGAUUCUGCCAACGAAAAUCAAUCCCCAAAUAUCGAAAGAUUGUCCCCUAGAGAAACUGAUCUCACACAUUUCUCCAAUUAAUUCAGACUCAGAAAUAUUCAACCAGAAAGGUGUGCAUCAAACCAUGAUGGAAUUGGAACAAGAUAACAGCAAUUAUUCACACGAAACAGCUGAUAACCCAGAUGAUCAUUACCUGAUAGCGGUGGCAGGGUCAAGAGAGGGGCGAUCAUCACGUGCUACAGAUGCUGACGACUCUUCUCUUGGUGACAUUGGGGAGGACCAGGAGGAGGAGGAGGAGGAGAGUGACGGGGACUAUAUCGAACUACCUGCUCUGACGAAACCCUCACCUCAAACUUUCGAUCAUCCGAUAAGUAAGUAUGAUGGUCUAGCAGUAGCGAAAGACAUGGCAAAGAACGACGUCAUUCGUAAAUCAGAGGAGAAGAAUAAAGUUAGGGGCAGGUCAAACAGCUUGUUUAAGAUUCUGGGCAGGAGACAAAAGUUAGUUGAGGAAGCAGAGCAGAAGAGAGACCAAGAAAAACUUGAAGAGGGUUCCCAGGAAGAGCCUCUCUCUCCGAUCCCGAAAAAGGCUAAAAGCAAUAAAAAGUCACUACAAAACGAGAAACAAGCUAACAGACCUCGUAGAAAUAGUUUAUUUCAAAAGCUUGGGAUCCGCAGAAAGCUCGAGGAGGAUUUCACAGCAAUGGAACAAUUAGAUGAGGAUAAAACUCCAGUAGAUGAACUGACUGAUGAAUGUCCGGUCCUCCCAUCAUGCUCCAUGAAGAGCAAAGAGAUUUGAUCAAGCCUAAAGGGUUCGCUGGAUUCGGACGGCGGAACAGUCUGUUUAAGAAGCUGGAGAAACGACAGAAGAAAAUGGAUAAUCCGGAUGAUGUCUUGAAUAAGAAUACUAUGAUGGUAUUCAACCCAUUGAUAGAGUUCAAGGAAAUGGCAAAAGCAGAUAUCGUAAAAUACGAGGAGACUUUUCACGUGUUUGAUGCUGACGAUGACGGUCUCUUAACUCUCGAGGAGAUCAAGGGUGCGAUGAGGACGUUAGGGACUGUUAUGACUCACAUGGAAUUUAAAAACAUUAUAAAGGAGCUGGAUACUGAUGGUGAUAAGAUGCUUGAUUUAAGAGAGUUCAUCUGCAUAUAUCAGAAGAUAAGGUCAGGGGACGGAUCAGACAGCCUCAAAAAGUUGGUGGACGAGAUUGAAGUAGCCACUGUUGGAGUUGGUGGUGCGAAGAACUUUUUCGAAGAUAAGGCUGCUCGAACCAAGGAAACUUCUUAUGAAACUGAGUUACGAAUAGAAAGAGAAGAAGCAGUGAAGCAGAAAGAAGCGGAGGAAGAAAAAAGGAAGAAAAUGGCGUCAAAAGCGUCAGUAUUUGGAGACGUGAAAAUGGGAAAGAAGCCCACCCUCACCGAGAAAAGGCCAUCUAAGUUGAAGAUAAAGAAAAUAAAAUCAAAGAGAGACGUUCUAAAAAGCGAUGAUAAUGGAAGUAUGGAAAGACAAUCAUCCACAGUAUCAGUAUCGAGCAGCUCGAGCGCCGGAGGAAUUGAAAGACAGAUUUCAAACAUCAGUAUUUCGAGCAAGUCUUGAACCCUUACUGAAACUUGAACCUAGGUAUAAGAUUUCCCAAAGUUUAUAAAACUGAAUGCGAUUGUACUUCUUUUAAACUUGCAACGGACUGGCCGUUUUGGAAGUGCCAAUUAGGCGUAUUCUAAUGUGAAAUCAUAUCAGUCGAUAACUGUUGUCGAACUCUUAACCUUUCUGAUGAUCAUUUAUCAAUACUUCAAGAGACAGGUCGCUUUGAUUUCUGCUUUUGCGAGACCUUGUCUUGUUUAUAUUCAAUUGCUUGUUGAAUUCUGUAGCGCCAAUUGAAUUAUUAUGUGUUAUGGCUUGUUUUUCAAUUUCAUGAAGUAGAAAGUUUUCAACUUGGGAUAUCGUCUUGAAUAGUGAUUGUUGUACUUUGAUAAGUUGUAUUUUAGAUUCAAGACGGAUAGUGAACAUUAUAGAUUAAUAUCGAAUUGAUGAGUAAAAAGUCUGGAUUAUCAA